GUCAGUCAACUAACGUAAAUCACGUCAAGGGGACGGUUUUUACAUCAAACUUGCUUCAAAUAAAAGCCACGUUUACGAUCGUUUGUUCUUUUUCUUCUCUUCUUCAGGAUAUAAACGUGUCGUUCUUUUUCUUCUCUUCUUCAGGAUACAAACGUGUCGUUGCCGCUGGUGUCUCUUGCUAACACCGAUGUUAGCAACGAGCCUGUCCGUGUAAAUGCGCUUCACCAGAAUGGACCUGUUGAACUCUCAGUUCCUGGACAAGAUGAACAACAACAUCGGGAGACUGCACUACGAAGAUGAGUCCAGGACACCCUCCCAGCCCAAGAUAACUGGGCCUCCUCCACACUGCCCAAGCAAACGGAAGUACGGCGAAGAACAAACGGACGACCGAAUCAACUGUGACGAUGACCACAUUACCAAAAUGAGCAGAUUGUUUGCCACUCAGCUGGCCCGUCCCUCUGCUGGAGACAAUCGUAAUGAGCACUGGAGCCUCGGCCACACUCCCGUGGAGCGCAUUACUUCCUCCCCCAACGGUCUCCAUGGGAACCACCUGUACUCUUCCAUUUCCAGCUACGCUGUGGACCAGCCUCUGGCUCUGACCAAAAGCAGCCACGACAUUGUCGUCGGGCCCAGGGAGAGGCCUGUCAUCGGUGGGACUGUGGAGCGGCAGCAGAAUCGUCCCUCCGUUAUUACCUGUGCCCCCGCGAGCAACCGCAACUGUAACCUCUCGCACUGCCACAUGAGCGGCUGUUCCCCCAGCCCGCCUGCUGACCAGACGAAGACCAACGCGAACACCGAAUGCGAUCCUGUGAUCGAGGAGCACUUCCGCCGCAGCCUCGGAAAAAACUACAAAGAAGCGGAGGCCGUGUCCAACUCGGUGUCCAUCACCGGCUCGGUGGACGACCACUUCGCCAAGGCGCUGGGCGACGCCUGGCUCCAGAUCAAGGCGAAGGACGGGGGGCGCCAAACCCCCGAGGCCGAUCUGUGACGCAGAGGGGAGUAAACAUCACAAUCGCUUCCCUUUUUAGAGCUUGCGUACGAGAGGAGAUUUGCCCCGCGGCCAUUUCUCGCCACGCAUUUACUUCCCCGAGCCGAGAACAACGCAUCGCGCGGCGCUCGCGUGGCGUUGUUCCCUCGACGACCUCGAGGUCGACCUUUUCACGAGAACACUCGGCUUAACUUAAACUUUAUUUCAGCGGUCGCAAACGCCAACAUUACACAUCUUGCGCAUUUUAGGAGCAAUGCUUGACUUUGGAAACAUCUUUUUAUUGACGAAGAGGAACGGAAGUUUUCGCGUAGCUGCGUUGACGAUGUUCGUUGUGGAAACUGUACAAUCAGCGAUUUGAUCUGGCGACGACGAUGAGAUUCACAAAGUGUUCGGGAGUUCAUCGGCCCGCCUCGAGAGCCAAAGAAAUCCCCUGCCUUUCACCAGCAGCUUAUAAGCCAUAGAUUUCUGGUCUGUAUUGAAAAAAAACACUCUUUUUAAACAUCUAUAUUACUUGAAAAAGACAACAGGGUCUCAUUUGUGUUCAAGAAUGUGUUUGGGAAUUGUGACAAUGCAAUUAAGGCCCCCCCCCCCCCCUUCUCUGAAGACGCUAGAAUAACGUGUUUUUCUUUCUGAUCCUGAACUGGACUUAUCCACUGUUCACAGAAUAAUUUUAGUUUCCUGUCUUUAUGCCUCACUGUGGCUGAUUACUUAGUAAACUAAUAUCAAUCAUAGUCGACGUGUCCAACUAGAACGCAUGUUUCAAAUAGCUGGUUUCUAUUACAAACCGUAUUCUAUACUAUAUAUCUACUCAGAAUUUAUUUUUUAUCUGUAACAUUUUAGAAAUACUCACUGCUGGUACAGUUGUACUCGAUUAUAUUUUUUUGUAUCUGGUUUUCGUUACUCGUGUGUGUAACCGUAGCAACCGUCGACCAAUCGCAGCCUCUGGACAGGUUGUCUGAUCGCAGUUUAAAAGGCCGCGUCGCUCCUCAUUCUGUGGACCCGGACGCCGCUCCACGCGACCGAACGCGGAUGCGUCCGACCUCCGGCAGCGGCCUAUCAGCGGCGGCUUUUAUUUAUUCGGAACGCGUCGAUGGUUUCACAUUUGACUUUUGGCAAAACACGACGGACACCGGAAAUCUUUUUAACGUGGAUUUUGUGUCAUUUUUUUCUUCUUUCCGUAACGAGAACAACGGAGAGAUUUCUCCGUUGCUUCGAUGACAGGGCGCUUUUUUUAUUUUCCCUUCAAACGUAACUUGAACGCGCCCAAAAACACGGGCGACGACAUUCCACCGCGCUCGUCUGACGCGUGCCGGUCGAGUUGAGCGAGCGCGACAAGCACGUUUGUCUUUUUCCUUUCUUAAAUCCAGGCGGCGUCGCGUUCCUUACUGUUUUAGGAGCAAAGUGUUCGUGGGUUACAAAGCUUCUUGUUCGCAUUAAUUUCUCACCCUUCUGUCGUCCUCUACUUUACGGUAGCGUGACCUAUUUGUCAACACUGAUUUUAAAAUAUGGUAUUGUAAAUUCAGAUUUCUUUCUCUUUUUUUUUUGUAUGUCACUUAGCUGUCCGUGAGAACCUACGUUUUGUAUUAAUCUCCAGUUUGAAAAAUUGUUACAUACGCCAUCCUGUCUUUCAAAAAUAUUUUACUCAUAUACGACUAUCAUUGCGCCGCGCGGAAUGAUCAUAGAUGUUUUGUUUCUAUUCAGAAUAGUUUACUCGUGUAUCUUGGAACCUUUUUUAAGACCUCUUUCUAAAGGUCGGUUGUUUUCCCACCGCUGUCCGGUGAUGAAUAAGUGCAGGAACACGACAGUCUUUUGAUCAAAGACUUGUGUGCUAACGGUUUAAAGAGUUUAGCUUUUGUUUAGUGUGUACCAUAGUGGAUUUUUAUUUUAGGGAUUAUCGUGGAAUCCGCUUGUUUGACACAAGUCGAUUCGUCAGUCAUAUGUUUGGGGUAUUAGUCCAUUGUUAUUUAAUUGCUAUAUUUUAGACGACCUGUAUCUCAAAGACAGAAAAGUCCUGCUUUCAGGCGUCAUCCACGUAGAGAGAAAAAGUAACACGUGUUCACUUUUGUCCUUAUUCCUCUGGAAGAACAUGCCACUGUUUUGUACUUAAUUUCUUCCAAAUAAACAAACAAAUGCCUACCA